CCGAACAGUAUCGCCCUCGCACCCACCUCGAGCUCCACGGCGCGCUCAGACCACUACGUUAUCCUUUUCCCCCCGUUCACCUUUUCUUCGCCAUGCUCAAGAGCCUCAAGAAGGCUAUCUCCAAGGCAUCUAAUGAGUCCAAACUACACGAUGCGCAUUCACUCGCCGUCGUUCAUAAGGGAGCCGUCGCGCAAGGCUCCCUCGACCAUACAGCCUUCCCAGACAUCUUCGAAGCUGUGCUCCAGUAUGCGCCGCAUGCCUCUCUCCUCCGGCUCCGCGCGACGUGCCGCAGCCUGCGCGACCGCAUCGACCGCGCCAUGGCGGUUCACCUGGUCCAACUUGGAAACGAAAGGCAUGCCCGCACACCCCUCGGUGCCGGGCACCAGCUUGGCCGGCAUCCCGCCUUCUCUCCACUUUCGUUCCGUCCCCCUCCUCCGCCUCCAGCCACUUCUAAGCCGCGCUUCUUCCGCCGCGAGAUGCUACCACCUCGUGUGGUCCCGCGCCAUCUUGAGAUCCUCGCUGCUGUUCAAGUCGUGGACCUCGUUCACACCAUCACCCACCUUGUUGGCGGCCUAAGCUGCGACCUCAAGAAGGCGGCCGAUGUCCAACCGCUACAGUUCCGUGCAGUCCGCAUGUGGUGCGGCGAUGUGCGCACCGAUCCAAAGCCGUCGAGCCUUCCUGGUGACCGCGUGGUUUUCUGGUGGCCGCAUCGCCUCGCCGAACCCAGCUUUGAAGAAGACUGGAGCCGAGUCAACCGAGACUACGCCCCAGGCCGUAUCGUGCUCAACUUGGCUUUGCGAAUAUCCGAGCCAUCCCUCCUCUGGCAGUGGAUGUCCUUGGCGACCGAGCUCGUGAUCAUUCUCGUCGACCGCGAUGACCCAAGAUUCGGUCGCGGAUCUGUCACAGAGGGCGGGGCAGACUUCGCCGCCUGGGUCGCUUCAUACCCGGACCACAGACAACUCAUGUCUGUUACGAUUGUGAACGCCGAAGUGCUGCCACUCAUCGAGAAUGGUCAGGUUCGUUUUCCUACCUCAGCUGUCCGACGCCAGGCAGUCACACUCGAGACCAUCGUUAAACGGAGCCCGCCGAUUAUACCGUUUUCGUUCCUCUCUCUCGACGAGUACCGCUCCCAGGUUGGCGAGGAGCAGUUCCGCUAUGAGACAGACGAAGAGUUUGUGUUCCGGGCUAAGGUGUGAGGUAAGUAUCUCUCUAGCAAGCGACCGUCGCCAUCGGGUUGGGAGGCCCCAUGUUCUGCGGUGCCUAGUGAUGACUUCCACUCGUCAUCAAGUGCCACGCGGGUUCCUAGACUCUGACUGCUUCCAAUCCUCGUAGAUGACACCAUUCCAAUAACGAAGCAUCAGUUUCAACUAUACAGAGCACCAUCACAAUAUACAUCUCGCCAUAUGAACAGAAUCAGCAC